AUGGCCAGCACAAGAAGUAGAGCAUGGGGACCCACGCAUCCAAGUGCUGCAUUCCUCAUUAAGUGUGCCAAGGAGAGAGAGAAGCUUAGAUCUACCCUGCAAAGCCAACUUCAAGAGCAUAUGCUGCAUAUGCUCAAGAACAAGCUUUUUGCUGACACUUUAAUUGGUGUUGACUCUGGCAAACACUCUGUGAAUGAAAACAAGUUUUCAACCCAGUGCCUGCAUCCUAAUCUUCCACAACUUCAUCAUGCCCAUAAAUCCAUUUUGAAAGUUCGUACUCCUGCUUUUUAUGACCAUCUCAUCGAACACAAAGAGACUCAUCUUGGUGUUGAAUCCUACAAUUCAUUUCUUGGCGAAUCAGAGCUGCAGCAGUUUUUAGGGAAUGUAUACUCUGAUGAUGAUAUUAGAAAACAUGAGUGUGAAGCCCUUCGCCUUAGCAAGAAGUAUAUUGAGUUGUCAUGUCAGAAUAAGGGACCAGUGAAUAAACAUAUUGUUGAUGUGGAUGAGUUUGAAAAGGAAUCUGUGAACUCAACUUGCACUGACACUUUCGUUACUCCUAAAACAAGUCCGGUAUCGCCCGAAAAUAAGGUAGAUGUUUCCGACAUGUUUAGAUCUGCUCAAAACCGCUCGAAAAGAAGCAACAAGGUGGAAAAGGCAACCAUUUCUCAAAAUGAUGCCUACAACGGCUCGACUUUUACUGUCAAAAGUGUUGUUAAAAAAGAGAGACAAACUGAUAACAGGCAACUUGAUACUUCAACAGAAGAAGAUUGCAAUGAGAGGUAUGACAGAAGCAUUGAGGGGUAUAAAAUUGCAUUUCAAGGAAAUGAAAGCCUGUCAGGAUAUUCUUCUAGGAAUGAUGGCGCAAUCUCUGAUCAGGAAUCUGAACCUGAUAAUUUUUCAAAUGUUGGGAGCAUGGUAAGGAGUAAUACUUUCGAUUUAGAAACUCAGGGGCCAUUAGAGGAUGCUAUUGAUGACACUACCAAAUGGUGCUUCAGGAGUGAAGCUCAGCUCAAUGGCAAAUCCAAAGAGACCAGCGUGGAGAAAGAACAUGAUGGAUUAUCUAUUAGAAAACUGGAUAGUACAGGAUUCUUCUUGCAUGAUCAUACCCCAUCUCCCAAAUCCAGCCUCUUUAAGCAUGGGUUUCCUAAGGAAAUGCAAUAUAGCAGUGGUCAUGAAUCUGAUUCCUCGUCCGGUUUGCACAUCCGGCGUUUCGAUGGUAGUAUGACCGACUCUGGCUUUCUGUCCCACAGCACUUUCAGUGUCAUUUCCGACACUGGAAUAUCCAAUUCGAUAUCUUCUUCUCUGAUUCUGUCAUCUGAAGACAGCCCACCAGUGACAAGUGCUCACAUGAGUGAACUAAAUUCUUCGAACUUGGAGAAAACGAAACAUUUAUCUGGCUCCAUGUUUCCUUUUUACAUCGACAUGAAUAGCCUACCUCCUCCUUCACCUAAUUCUAGAGCAGAAAAGAAGUUAAGCCCUUCACAUACGUAUAUGUAUAUUGAUGCUAGAAAUCCUAGGAGCAAUAUGAGUGUCAGGAAAAAAUUGUCAUACAUGAAUACUUCUUAUGAUGAAUUUUUAACUGAGCUUGAAGCCACAAACAACUAUUCUUCUAAGGAGCCUUUAACUAAGGCGCAAUCAACAUCUCAUUUAGAUGCGUAUCGAGAGGAAUUUGUGGUGAAUGGUAAAGAUAGACAUCAAGCCAAGUCCCGACCACAGUCUUGUUAUAUGUAUGUCGACUUAGAUGCACUUAAGGAUGAAUCGCAUGGGAACCAAAACAGAAGUAAUUUUGAAGAGAUUUCGAAAAAGCAGGAACAGAGUGCAGUUGCAAUGUUUGUCAAUUUACACGAGGCAAGUAAUCAAGGUAGUGAUACGCAUGAUGUAGAUAGUGAUAAUACUGAAUUGGAUUUAAGUGGAGAGGUAGAUUCAAAAACAGUGCAAGAAAUAAUGAAGAUUACUAGAGAAUAUCAAGCGAGCAAUCAGAGAAGGAAACUUUCAGAUUCCUCAUUGGCAGAAAUAGUUCAAGAGAGGACUGACCCUAACCUGAAAUUUUUCGCAUUAACAAAGAACAAUGAAAGUAGGUCUGUGUCAUCUUUGGAUUAUCAAUCUGUUAUUGGCCAUGAUGAACCCCCACAAAGCAGAACCCCCACUUUUGUUCGAAAGGCACGUAGUGCACAUAGAUAUUCAGAUGGCAUGUAUUACGAUAACCUGUAUGUGAAGAAGAUUUCUCCAAACUUUUGCAAUUCCGUUGAUGGUAAAAUAUGGAAUGAUUCAAAAAAUUGUCAGGUGAAUGACAUGAAAAUUUUAAAUCAUACUGUGAAACUGCUACAUAACUUUAGGAAUGAAGAAUCAUCAGGGAGCUGCUCAAAUUUGGGGAAAAUCGAUAAUGAUGAAAAGUUAGAUAGUUUUGAUAGAUUGAAAUGGAAGUCCACUGGAGACAUGGGAAAGUCUAAAUAUGGCUCAGCUAGUGAUGAACAUGGCUUACUUCCUAUGAGUCCAAUCUUAAGAAGAAAACCACAGUCAAAUGAUGUUCCAAAGUCUGCUCCCCCUCCAAUAAUUGUUAAAGCUUCUACAAAACCAGAGGAUAUUGAUGCUUUGAAAUUCCCCAAAUCUCUUAUAGAAGAAACUUCUAAACUUACUAAAUCUCCACCUGUUGAAAUCAAACCUGAAUCAAUGCCAAAUGCAAAAGCAAUAGAAAAAGUCGAUGAUGUGAAAAGUUCUAGUGAAAGCUUAAAACUUGGCUCUGAAGAACCAUCAGAAUUAAGUGAUUUUAAAGACAAAAAAACUGAUUCUGUUAGCAGGUCUGGAUCUUCAGGGAUGACCGCGAGUGGAGGGGAUUCAUCAUCUGACAGACACAUUGCCCAUGAUGUGAUAAAAGACAAAAUGGCACAUUCAUCAUUGUCUUUCUCUGUUUCUUGUGAUUUUGAGGAUGAUUCAGAAACUAUUUAUUCUGAAGUGUCAGAUGUUAGUUCUUCAUUGGGAGGUAUCGCAAGUCUGGAAAGACAUUGGCGAGAGACUCAUAAGAAACAAGGAGAAUUCACUAGUCAAAACUCUACUAUUAAUUAUCAAUUGUUGGAAGCAUGUUCUAAACUUGGAGAAGAUUUGUUACGUAUGUUUCUUGAAGAAAUUGAUACUGAUAUAGUAGUUGAAGUGGACGGGAAAGAAAUCAAGGCUCAUAGAUGUAUUUUGGCCUCAAGAUGUAAAUACUUUGCAAAUCUUCUGAGAAGAAGUAACCCUGACAAAAACUCUAGCACCAUUAGCUUGGAAGGAUUUAGCCACUGUGCUGUACACUUUGCACUUUGCCAUAUCUAUAGUGGAGCUAUGAAUAUUCCCAAGGAUUGCAAUAUUUCUGAAUUAGCACUACUGGCUGACAUGCUAAAUUUAGAAACCUUGACUGAUGUCAUAGUCUUCCAUUUAAAAAUGCAUUUUUGCCACUUUUUUCACAGGCCUUGUUUGCAAUGUGUUCAAGGAGUUGUGGAAUGUUUACCGCUUGCUGCAGUCUGUGGGUUAAAUGAACUGCGAGAUAAAUGCAUUUACUGGCUUGGAAAAUAUUUCACUCGAACGUGGCCAAACAAAUCAUUUGCUGCUCUGUCGGAAGAACUUAGGGACUUGUGUUACAAUGUUACUACUCAUAAUUUGGCGAUUGAUACUGUGAUAGAUAUGACUUUAAAUUGUGAUAGACUUAUGAAUACCUUGCCACAAUUGAAAUGGACAGAACCCAUUUUUGGUAUGGUGACAAAACUCCUGCAGGACUGUAUUCAUUUUAUGGCGAAGAACUUCAAUAAGAUUUUGAAUUCUGAAACAUUUAUUGCCUUGGGAAAAGGUCAGAGUUGGAACAUCACUGCUUUAGAGGAUGACAUCAUUUCUUCAGUUGAAUUAACUACACCAGAUGUAGCAUGCAGAUCUUACGUAACUGUUAACAAUCUGCUAUUAUUAACAGAAAGUGAUGAAACCACAGAAUAUGGAGAGUUUACUCAGAAUUUUGUGGACUUACUGCACAAAAUUAGUCGGCACUGUGAACGAUACUUGAUUCAGAAUGCAAACAAAGUGGUUCACUGUGAAAGCUGGGCAUGUCUUUCUCCUCAAGUACAAAAGAGGAUUAAGGAUGCUGCCGUUAUUGUGUUUGAAUUUGAGAAGCCAACUGCACCUCCUCCUCGUCUGUCCAGUUUGCAAAGGAAACUGAAGAAGCAGAGUGAAGCUGAGGAUAGUGGUUGCUUGGAAAGGUCAACUUAUCCUAAAAAAGGCAAAAGUAUGUACUUGAAGAAGCAUCCACAAGAAACUACAUUUUCACCCAAGCAUUCUUCAAACACACAAUAUGCUUCCGAUCAGAAAGAUCGGUUGCCCAUCCGUAAAGAAACAGAAAAUAUGAUUAAAAAAAUUGUUUCGCCAAUCAAAGAAGAGGCACAAAACAAUUCUAUUGACCGUUCUGUACACGACACUUCUUACGAUGUCCUGUCAAGUGCAUUAAAUCUCCACAACUCACCAUGUUACUUGUCAAACAAAGGAUAUAUUGAUGCUCACGAGGAAGACAGUUUGAGAGAUCUGCAAGAUUUGCCUCAAGAUCAGAGUCAGUCACCGGUACCGUACCAGAUUGGGAGAGACUCUCAACUGGUGAGUGGUCUUGCCUUGUGCGAUAAUGAAGGGAGCAGGAGUCCAGCCCACUGCAGCGACAAUCCAGAUAGUCUCGAGGUGAAUGAAGAAAUUUCUUCCGAUAGCAAGGAUGAAGUAGAUGGGUUACUUUCCGCUGAGGAUGGUUCAAAUCAAGAAAAGGGCUUAAAUGAGACCCCUGAAGUUUUAGAAAAAAGCUUUGCAUCACUGGAGCGUAAGAAACUUGAUAGCGUAAGCCAAGAACAAGAAACAAAUAAACCAGCUGUUCCCGUUCGCAGAAUAGAAAAAAUGCCCGUUUUGCAGCCUUUAAUUUCACACUCUGACGAAAACAACAAAUACAAUAAAAUUCAAACUGAGAGAUCUCCUGUGAAAAAAGCACAUGGGAAAUCUUUUGUGCCUUUGGCAAAAACAUACGGUACAGAAGUGAAAAAAUCCCCUCCCUCCCCCGACACAAAAAGUAAAGACCUCGUGGCAGAAAUAGAUGCCGACUCUCGAAUGGUCAGCCACUGCCUACAAGAAGCAGAAAUGCUGGAGCAACAGCUAUCGAGGAAGCUACAGAGACAGCAUCAAGUUGGCUCUUCAAAUGUUGCUCCCUAUAGCCCAAAUAAAACUCAUGCCUAUGUUGAUCAUCACAAAUCAUCUAAAUCCCACAGCAAUCGUUUACAAAAGGCAUCUUCUACUAGUCAAAUAAAGAACCUUGCUGGGGCUUCCGUCAGAGGCAAAAGUCCUGGUAGGAUCGUCAAAAGCAAUGCGUCUAGUCCGUCGAUCGGACACGCACCUCGUAUAUCAAAGGUCAGCGAUUCUACGAAGGACAAAGCUUCGGCGAGGAAGUCUUCGCAAUCCCCAAAAAGUAUUGUCACCUCGACGCAGAGGUCUUUUCGAUCAAUGGAAAGCAUUGCCAGUGUUCAGAAGCAGCUCUCUGUUAGUGUUUCUCAGGUGUCUAGAAGGGUUUCUUCCAGAUCUAGUCGACCAAAGGCUAUCAAUGUCACCAGGACUCCUAUUGCUGGCCCAAAAGGAUUGUAA